UGGAGAAAAUUGAUGAAAUGGCUUCAUUUUCUCAGCAGCUAACGCGGAAUAAGCAUUAUGACUCAGACAAUAUCACCAACAGAUGCCAGGCCAUUCUGAGGAGAAAAGAGAGACUGCUGGAGAAUGCUGCUGCUCGCAGACAUUUGCUAGAGGAAUCAAGGCUUCUGCAGAAGUUCCUGAGGAAUUCCUUUGAGGUGGCUGCCUGGAUUAAUGAGAAGAAUAGCAUUGCCCAGGAUGAUAGCUGGAAGGAUCCAAGCAAUCUGCAGACCAAACUGCAGAAGCAUCAGACUUUCCAAGCAGAGAUCAUGGCCAAUAAGAAUCAUCUGGACUCCAUCAAAUCUGUGAGAGAAGCGGGGUUAAUGGCAGGGGUGGGCAAUUGGGAUGAAAGACUCUGUGGAUAGUCAGAGUUACAGUGAUCUCAAACAAGUGAGGGGGAAUCACUGUCCCAUCACUGACAUUAUUCAUGUUCUCUCUCUUAGGGGACGGGGAAGCUUGUUCUUUUAGUCCAU